GAGAGGAGAGUUUGGGAAAGAGUGGAGGAGAGUUUGGGGAGAGAGAGAGGAGAAGUGGCAGCGAGCACAUGGAGCAGGCGAGUGGGCAGCCCGAGUUGCUGUUGUCGCUGCUGUACGCGGGGGUCACGGUGGUGCUGGGUGCUGCGGUGAUCCACCGCCUCCUCAGGCAGGAGCUGCAGAUGGGAGUGCGGGCUGCCCUCAGCUUGUUGCUGCUCCUGCUCGCCGAGUGGGUGUGCUUCGUGGCGCUGCCUGGUUACCCCGGCCUCUGCAUCUUCUCGCUGGCCUGUCUGCUCAGGUACUGCACGUUGCCGGACAGUGAGCUGCUCUCUGUCCAGGACAAGGCCAUUCUAAUCACAGGAUGCGAUUCUGGAUUUGGAUUUGCCCUGGCCAAAUACCUCGAUAAACUGGGCUUCACUGUUUUUGCUGGAGUUCUGUAUUUAGAUGGACCUGGUUCUAAGGAUUUAAAGACAAGUGGCUCAAACAGACUUAUGGUGCUGCAACUGGAUGUCACCAGUUUGGAACAAAUCACUAAAAGCUACGCACAAGUAAAAUCUCAGCUCAAAAACAGAGGACUUUGGGCUUUAGUGAAUAAUGCGGGUAUCCUAGAAUUUGUUGCUGAUGCAGAACUUCUUCCAAUGAGUACUUACAAGCGUUGCAUGGACGUGAACUUCUUCGGGGCCGUGGAACUCACUAAAAUGUUCCUUCCCUUACUCCGCCAAGCAAAAGGCAGACUGGUUAACAUCUCAAGCAUGGCAGGAACUACACCAAUGGUAGGGUUUGCAGCAUAUGCUGCCUCAAAAGCUGCACUUUCUAUGUUUUCCAAUAUUUUGAGACAAGAACUUGCCAUCUGGGGAGUCAAAGUGGCUACCAUCCAGCCUAGUGCUUUCAAAACAGGUAUAUUUGGUACCACAGAUCAGUGGAGCAACCAACACACACAAAUUGUGCAGCAGCUCUCUCCUGAUGUUAAAAAAGAUUAUGGUGAAAACUACAUAAUUGCAUUUAGAGGAACGUAUGGUAAAUGGCAGGCUGGUUUGCAAGAUGAACUACAACCUGUUCUUAAUGAUAUCUCCACUGCACUGAUAGCAAAAAACCCCAAGAGCCACUACUCCCCUGGAAAAGCAGCUAACUUUCUUCCAUUCAUCUAUCGCUACCUUCCCACCCACUUGUCUGAUUUUAUUUUUCAUCACUUACUCAAAUCAGGUCAGGAUGUACCAGAUGGAGUAAAAGAAAUUGGAUAGUAAGCCAUUCUGAGUUGGCACUGACAGCUAAUUUGUACAGGCUAUUUACUAACAACUAACAAAUUCUAUCUUGAAAACUUUUUAUAUUGAUUACUCAGAUGCACAAAUAUUCAGAGGUAAGGUUUUCUGUAUUGAUCUGAGAAUAAGCAUUGUACACUUGUAAAGCUUGAUGUCUGAGUGAGCAUUUAUUUUCCAGAAUCAUUCAGCAGCAAUAUUGCAAAUUUUUGCACUCAAUAGAAUGAACUAUUUAUAAUCAAAAGAACAACUCCAGUUGACACAGCACAAAGAAAGGAAAUUCUUUCACAGUGUAAGAAUCCUUCAUUGAGAUCUAUUAAGAUACCACUUCAUUUAAUGGCUUCAGUUAUUCUUUUAACACUGUUUCACUGUGCCAUAGUGUCACAUGAGUUAUUGUGACUGCUCGAGACAUUUAAUAAAAGGAGUGGCUAAAUGCAUCAUUAUGCAGAAUGAUAGAUAGAUAGAAUUGUGAUGAGAAAGUUGAUAAAGGGUUAUGGGGAGAAGGCAGGAGAAUGGGGUUGAGAAACAUAUCAGCCAUGAUCGAAUGGUGGAGCAAAUUCAAUAGGCUGAAUGGCCUAAUUCUCUCCUAUAUCCUGUGGUCUUUUUUUCCCUUUCCUGUGUAUUUCUUGCAAAUUGGCCUCAUCCGUGCAAGAUGAAAAGCUUAGACUAAAUAUAUCCUAUUUUUCAGCAAUGCUGAAAUUCUGUACUGGCAAAUGACUUUUUAAUUUUGUAAUAUAUACUAAAUGACAACUAUAAAUGUACAACAACUUAACACACUUUUGAACAUGUGGUGCAGUGUGAAUUGAAGAUUGCAUAGAGUGAAAACAAUUGUUUUUACAAGCUGUAUUAAUUCUUAAGGAGAGUGGAUUUUUAAAAUGCGUCAGAGUAUGGACGGAAGAUGUGUACAUACACAAUUUGGCACUGCUGGCUUCCAUGCAAAUUUGACACGACCAUCCCCACCCUGAACAAUCUGCAUGAGGACACUUUGGGGAUUGCAUUGGCUACCUGAUGGGCAUAUACAGGCUAAUGUUGUGAGCUCAGGGUAGCAGUUGGGAGGAGUGAGGGGCAAGAUGAGUAAAACAUGAGCCACCAAUUCUGACCCCACCCUAUUUGUCAUAUUUGCUGAGCUCCAGCAGGGCUUAGUGGCUGUACAUUGGAGGGAUUGGCUUUUUAGAACUUAAGUGCCCUUGCAUUUAGCAGCCCCACACAGUCCCGACUUUUAGAUCAGCUGCUGUCAACUCAGCCAUCUGGGGUGCUGGAAGAGCCUAUCAUUGCUUGUCAAGCGUCAGAACCCAUUGCUGUGUCUGAUUACACACAAAAAAGCAGAUCCAAUUCAAUAGGAAUUGCUAACACAGAUGAGAAAUCAAUAAUUAUUUGAUGACAACAUGAAGUACAAUGGGCAAUUGAAGCAGAAAGGCUGAAUAUGUUGAAAAAAGAUACAUUUAUCAAAGUUUAACAUCUUGCAAUCUUCAAGACAAUUCACAAGACUACAAAUUAAAAGGGAAAUCCAAUAUUUAUAUUGAGUGGAGAUUGUUAAUAGGUUAGCAAGUGGACUCUGAUUGUUAUAGCAUUACCAUCGAGAAUGUAGCAGUUGAUGAUUGACUGACUGUUAACUGCCAGGCUUUGUUUAGAUAUCAACCAAGUUAACCUGACUCUGGUUCAUUUCUCAAGAUAAUGUCUUCACCGGUAAGAGUCAAGUUAACUGGUUUGAUAUCUAGGGUGUAGGUGUGCUCGCUAAGCUGUAGGUUUGAUAUCCAGACGUUUCAUUACCUGGCUAGGUAACAUCAUCAGUGGUAACUUCCAAGUGAAGCGAAGCUGUUGUCUCCUGCUUUCUAUUUGUAUGUUUGUCCUGGACGGGGUUCCUGGGGUUUGUGGUGAUGUCAUUUCCUGUUCAUUUUCUGAGGGGUUAAUAGAUGAUAUCUAGAUCUAUGUGUUUGUUUAUGCAUUGUGGUUGGAAUGCUAGGCCUCUAGGAAUUCUCUGGCAUGUCUUUGCUUAGCCUGUCCCAGGAUAGAUGUGUUGUCCCAGGAUAGAAUUGGUGUUUUUUUUUAUCCGUGUGCAGGGCUAAGAGGGUUUGAUAUCUAAACAAAGCCUGGCAGUUAACAGUCAGCCAUCAUUGACUGCUGCAUUCUCCAUGGUUUUUCCUCUACCAUUCAAUGUCCACUUGCAAUUAAUCAGCACUUAUCUAGUGCUUAACUUAAGUUAUCACAUUAUUUGUGCUCUUGAAAAACAUCCUGGUGCGUGCAAGACAAAAUAAUUUUCAGCAAUAUUCAAGCUCUGUAACGAUCAAAUGGGUUGAAAAAUUAAACUGUUAGAAAUACAGUAGGGUAGUCAACCUUCUGGGCACUUUAUAAUCUUUUUAGUUAAGAUAAAGGGUGUGCAUUAAACAAUUUACACAUGCUGAAUGACCUUCUGUCUAUUUCUAACAGUUUUCAGUAAUUAGGUAAAGGUGGUGCUGUAAACCACACACUGAAUCGUUGCUGUUUGUAAAAUGAUCAUCAUUGUUAAAGUUAAAAUAGACUAGAAGAGUCUUCUGAGUCCCAGCUGGACAAUUAUUUAUUACAUUGGCUGGUGGACACAACCAACUUCUAUUCUUAUGUCUGAUUGUCAGUCACAUAAUCAAUAGUUGUGUAAAUGGGAGGCUCAAGACCAUCCCAACCUUGGGCAUAGUUAACAUUAUUUAUGAUUUGCUGCCUGGAAUGGUCAUUGAUUCCAGAAGUUAGCUGUUGCAUUUGAAGGAAACACUUACCUCACUGGCAAUAGCUCAAAAACAAAUCUUAGUGUAGAGGAGUGGGAAAAUAGUUAUGUGUUUUGCAGAAUUGGGAAGGCCUCUCAGCCAAAGUUUAGUGUAGCAUUUUUUAAAAAAAAUUACCUCUGCUAAGGCUGCAGUGGCCACUUACUCAUGUAAACCUUUCAGUGUGGAAACAGGCUAUUCAGUCAAACAAGUACACACCAAUUCUCUGAAGAGCAUCCCACCCAGACUUACCCUCCUACUCUAUUUCUGUAAACCUGCAUUUGCCAUGGCUAAUCUACCUAACCGACCCAUCGCUCAACACUAUGGAUAAUUUAGCAUGGCCAAUCCACCUAAGCUGCAUAACCUUGGACUGUGGGAGGAAACCAGAGCACUCAGAGGUAACUCACACAGACCAGGGAGAAUGUGCAAAUUCCACACAAACAGUUGCCCGAGAGUGGAAUCAAAUCUGGGCCACUGGUGCUGUGAGGCAGCAGUGCUAACCACUGAGCCACCAUAUCACCACCUAAAAAGCCUAAGUGAAGCCGGCCCAGCAUGUUCCACUCAUCAUGACCCAAUUUCUCAGAAGGGCAAUAAAAUAGUUGCUAGGCCUCUGAUCAACAAAUGCAAGGGGCCUACUACCUGUUUUGGGUGGGUGCCUUACAUAUGAAAAGCACAAUGGAAUUAGUAAUGGCCAAGAUGUUCACACAGGUUCAAAAUGGGACAUUCUGCUGCAAAUAUUGUGAUGAUGUUGCCUGUUGUAUGGCCUGAAGAAAAUGUGCUACAUAUCAAUUUCCAUUCCGCAAACAUUGUGCACUGUUCAGUAGAAUGUGAAAUAUUCCUAUGCAAUAUACAUAUUUAACCAGGAUGGAGUCACAUUUUGAUUAGGCAAGUGUUUGAUUAGGCAAGUGUUCAAUUACUAAACUAAUUGUAUAUCUCAUAUUCUGUGCAGGCUCUGCUAUUACAACAAAUGAGACUUUGUAAUUAAGGGGAAUUUUUUUUAUCUCGAGCUCAGGGAAAUAUUUUAUUAUAACAAGUCUCUUGAUCCAGGAACUUGAAGUGAAAUUCUGUUAUAUCUACUGCAAUCCCUACCAGUAGAGUUCAUUCAUUAUCUUGGGUCAGCUUCAGAUCACUACCUUUUCUACACAUUUAUUCACAUUACAACAAUCAAAUAAUCUUAGGAGCAAUCAUUCUGACAUUUUUAAAAGGUAAUUGUACAACAAAAAUCACAAGAAAUGUAGCUUUUUAUAACAAAAGAAUAAAUCAUAAUAGAAAAUAUUUAUACCAAAGCUGUAAAGUGCUGUAUGGAAUAUGAAAUUAUGUGAUGGUGGAUAUUCCAGUGCUUGGAAUGAAUAUUGAAGAGCUUAUCAAUAGUCAUAUUGAGCAACACAGACAUGUGCUCAGUUAACUCCAAGAUUCCUGUGAAGUAAUGGAAUGUUCUGAGCUUGUAAACCUAUCCAAUUUUACAUUAUUUGUAUUUAGCGUUAGGGAGCUAUGGGAUAUAACUUUUUUCAAUUUUCAUAAAAGAUGUUUGUGUUUUGAAUGUUCUAAAUCUCAGGUCUCAAAGGUGAUAUUUUUGAGAAAAUAAAUGGUGUGCAGCUGCUGUCUUAAACUUAGCAAUAAUAAAACCACUACAUAAUAGAUUAGUGCACGACCAUAAAAUAUUCCAAAUUGAUAAACUCCACUGAGUGAAUCAAACCCAAUAACUGUCUCUUUUAUAUCUCCAUCUUGUGCAAGGUUGUAAUUUCAGCAAGUGUUGCUUACUAAUUUUUUUAAACAUAAAGCCUAUCUGAAUAAACAGUACUGCACCAGUAUUUUGGCAUUAGUAGGUUAUAAAGCCACCAUAUUUAUGGUUUAAUUUUUGUUUGUGUCACCCAUAAGAAAACAAACAUCAAAAAUUUUAAAGGAAUGUCAAAAUCUUCAUGCUUGCUUUAAAUGGAUGGACGAAUUAACAUUGUAAUUUAAAUUGAGUAUAUUACUUGCAACUUUUGUUUUCAGGACAUUUGGGGGCAUCAUUUGGUAUUUUAUUUUGAAGUAUUAUAUGAAUUUUCAGUUGGUUCUGGAGAAUAUUUAUGAUAAAUCUCACUGUUUUAGCUGACUGUAUUUUGUGUAAUGGUAUAUAAUUGAAAUUGACUUGGAAUUUUGUUUGUGUGGAUUUAUCUCUGUCUUGUUUUCAGUUGAUAACUCUCCAUAUCUCUCUCUAAAUGAGGGGUAAUGAACAAUCUGGUAUUUACAAUCACUUAUUCGGCAAUGAGAACACUAAAUCUGUUUUUACUGUGGCAUUACAAUGAAACCUCACAGUAAAUUUAUCUAAUUUUAUUGUAGAGCAAAAUGUAUUGCAACAUUUUUGACCUCUUCAACUGAAAAAUAUGAGACAUAUGACAACUAGCUGCAUGUGAAAAUAAUGAAACUGUUCUACUUCUAAUGUUUUGAUUAUGGCGUUGUCACGCUGUGGGUGAAUAGAAGCAUUUUUCUUUACAAUCUAAGUAUUUAAAGUUAUCACUUCAAAUGAUGACAGAUUACCAAGGGUCGAAUUUUAUGUGCUCAGGUGUCAGAUUGCAUACCGGGUUCUUGAAUUGUGCUGCCAUUUUCUUGCCAAUGCAAUGCACAGUUUGAAAUUGCCAAAAGUGGCACUGAGUAUGCAACCUUAAUUGCUAAGAAAUUAUCUGGUCAGACUUUCAUGUUGUUAAUAGUUACACUGCAUUGUUGUUAAUUGUGUCUACUUGUAUUUACAAGUAUGACAUAGAUCAGCCUGAUCAGACACUGAUACAACUUGCAAGUGUAUAAUGUAGAACAGUCGUUGUUAACUGUGUACAUUGUUUAUGUUCCAUUGUUAUGCUGUUGCAUUUUAAAGGCGUUUCUUUUUCAGAUCACUAGUUAAGUCAAGAUUGCUCAGUUUAAUGACCAGCAAAAUAUAAACCAUUCAUUGUGUCUGUAACUACCUACAGGUUUUAUUUUAACAUGUUGUCAUUGUGAUUUCUGGAGGUUUUGAUAUAUUAAACCUGUUGGUUUACCAUUGUGUCUAUGCUACCAGUUAUACAAUUAUACAAGACUAUUUGGUGAUGUAAGCACUGAAUCUUUAAGAUUACAUAAUACUUAGGUAAUUAUUAUUCCUUGAUUCAGAUUACUUCUACUUUGUAUAGGCAAACACAAUUAAACUAAUAUACAUAGAGGGCAAGUUAUAUUUGUAAAUAUUGAGGUAAAGCUCCUUUUUUUUAAAAGAUACUUUAAGUUUAAAUAAUAUCUGCAUAUGAAAUAUAUAGAGAUACAAUUUUAAAGGAUUGGCAUGCUGAACAUGCAGAUACAUUACAUCUCAUUCAUCAGGUGAGUUAUAUUGCUGUAAAAAAAUUAUAAUAUGCAAAACCUCAUCCGUUCAUUUGUUGUGUGGUUGGUCAUGAAAUCUUUGAUAUUUGUUCACCUGGCAAGACAGCUUGUUGGUGCUUAAACAUUUGAGCAUAUCUGUAAAUCAGUUUGGAAAGAAUGACACCUCUCUGUCACCUGUAAAGUAUUAUCCUCACCUAUAGGACAGUCUUUAAUUACAUGCAUUGAAACAUUGCUUAGUUACAUCAAUGGAAUGGCAAAACAGAAUAAGCCAUCUCAACACUGUUGUGUGAUUUGCUCUUUUUCAAUAUAUACCUCUUCAACCCAAUUAAACUGAUAUCUUGUCUCACCUAUGUUUCACAAUUUACAUUGCAUUACAUUUAAAUAUGUGUCCACGCUAUUAGUAUCCCUGAACUGAACCAUUGCCACUUUGGAAAGUGGCAAUGGCUGAACCAGAUAAGGCAUUAUAAUGCAUAUGAAAAAUGUUUUGUAGAUAAAACAAUAUCUGUUUUAAAUUGUGUUUUUUAAAAUCAGGAUUAAAAAUAUUUGAUCUAAAACCUCAAUAUUAAAUCUGAGAAACUUCUUAAAAUGUGAACUUUCUUCAUCCAAGGCACACAUGCCAGGUUUUUAUUAUCCUUUGUUUUUAAAGCGAGCUGUGUACGUAAACAUCUACAGCCAUGUGACAUUUUUGAAAAUGCAGGGUAAUAAAAAUUGUUCAACUUGCUCAAAGAACCUUGAAGUGCUGAAUUAGUAAAUAAGUGGAUGUUUACUGUAAAUAAUUCUCAGUUUUGUUAAACAGACACAGAUCUACCUUAUUUGUAACAAAAUAAAAGCCAUAUUGAUGUUACUUGAUUUGGAACACUUUUAAUAAAGCUUGUGUAAAAUAC